CUCCUUCUCUUGUUGUUCUUCUCGCCUUAGACGAUGUGGGGCUCUGGGGCUGCCGCGCUGCAGUUGCUCUCGCGGGCCACCAAGCACGCCUUCGCCCAGGGAGCCCGGCAGGACCCGAGCCGCUGGCUCGGCGCGGCUGGAGAGCCGGGCGAGGCGGCGGGGAGAGGAGGCGCAGGAGCAGGAGCCGCGGAAGGGCUGCUCUUCGGGGAGCAGAACGGGCUGCAUCACUAUCCGCCGCCGCAUCAGGAGCCGUCGGUGGAGAUCCUGCUAUGCCAGUUGCCCGAAGCGGGGCCCGGCUUGCCCGAGGGCAGGACAUGGCGCUGCUCGGGCUGCCUGCUGGGCACCUGCUGGUGCAAGAGCUGCCUGAGCGUGUGCUUCUUGGCGGCGCUGUGCUUCGCCUCGCUCGCCCUGGUGCGCCAGUACCUGCGGGACCUGAUGCUCUGGGCCGAGAGCUUGGACAGCCUGGCCGGCGUGCUGCUCUUCACCGUGGGCUUCAUCGUGGUGUCCUUCCCGUGCGGCUGGGGCUACAUCCUGCUCAACGUGGCCGCCGGCUACCUCUACGGCUUCGUGCUGGGCAUGGGCCUCAUGGUGCUCGGGGUCCUCAUCGGCACCUUCAUCUCCCAUGUGGUGUGCAAGAAGCUGCUGGCCCGAUGGGUGCUGGCCAGGAUCCAGGGCAGCGAGAAGCUCAGCGCUGUCAUCCGCGUGGUGGAGGGAGGAAGCGGCCUCAAGGUGGUGGCCCUGGCCAGGCUCACCCCGAUACCCUUCGGGCUCCAAAACGCCAUCUUCUCUAUCACAGAUCUUUCGCUACCGAACUACCUGAUGGCUUCUUCCAUUGGAUUGCUUCCAACUCAGCUCCUAAACUCCUACCUGGGCACCACUUUGCGCACAAUGGAAGAUGUUAUUGCAGAACAAAGUGUUAGUGGAUAUUUCGUUUUUAGUUUGCAGAUUGUGAUAAGUAUAGGACUUAUGUUCUAUGUUGUUCACCGGGCUCAAGUGGAAUUGAAUGCAGCCAUAGUUGCGUGUGAAAUGGAAAUGAAGACAUCACUUGUUAAAAACAGUCAACCAAGCAAUAGCAAUUCAACAUAUUGCAACAAGAGGACGCUUGCAUUUUCUGGAGGAGGAAUCAACAUUGUAUGACUUCCCCUUCCCUUCUGAAGUAUUACAUUAAGGUUUUGCGAAUCUGGAUAGCCUAACCUAUUGCCUAGACAUUUUUCUGGACAUCUCAACAAGACUUAAAUCCCAAAUAGCUGGAGGAUGUACUAUGGUACAAACAACCCUGGCAGUUUUUAAAUUGCAAAGUCAGUGGCUCUUUGUAAGGAUUAAUAGGUGGCUAAGUAAUUGUAAAUGUAAAUGCAAGUCUGGCUGCACCUUUUGUCAUUAUUAUACUUGUCAUGGCCUGUAGUCUGCACUUUAGGUGUUGUUUUGGAUUUGCUUCCAUGAACUGAGAAAAAUAUUCCUGAAGCAAAUAUUUUUCUCCUUAGCAUUAUUUAUAAGGCUGACUAAUAAUAUACAGUAGAUCUUUAAUACUGAUGAAUCAGUGUAAAGUAUGCAACUUCAUGUACAUUACCCUUGAAUGUGCUUAGCUUUCAAAAUAUUUCUAGAAAGGAGUAUGUUCUCCCUUCUCAAUCAGGCAUCCAGCACAGGGAAGGCAAGAUAAGCACUUCCUAAGGAGGAGGAGGAAUCUCUCCUGGGAUCCAUAGUCAUUUUCCUGUCUGCGACAGGUUACAGGGUUUCCCUGUGGCUCUUGGGGGGGUGGUUUUGCUAUUUCGGAAACCAUUUGGUUCCCAUAUCUUGUUUUUUAAUUUGUGGAUGGGGUGGGGUGGGUAGAAGAACACCUUAUAUAAAUCUUUGGUUGAAUGUAUUUUUGUAAGCCACUGAAAUGUUGUGGAGCCAUUCAUAAUUUUUCACAUAAGUUUAAAAUCCUACAUUGUGGGACUGAAGUGCUCUUAUAUAACAUUUUAAGUUACACUGUGUAAUAUGCAAAGUAAAAGGGAAGCUAUGGAGUACCUAAUAGUGGCAAACAGUGUAAGGGAGAACAUGCAGAUGAAAUGCAAACCUUUGACUUGGCUUUACCAUCCUUGUGAGUAACAAAAGGGCUCUUCCUUUACAACCCCGUUUAUAAAAAUAGUUUUGGGGAGCAUAGAUCAGCUUCACUUUGUUCUGUGCACUGCAAGACUUACAAAACAGGAGGAACUAAAUCUCUGAAAAAACUAUGGUACUAGUCACGUGGCCUUUAUUUUAUAGGGAAGACCUUUUGGUUUUUCUUUUAUAAAAGCUUUAAAAAUCAACACAAUUCCUCCCUAAUACACUUUCCACUGAUCAUAAAAUUAUGCUUGUCUUGUAUGCAUUUUGCGCAGUACUUUGGAACUUCUACCAAUGGAGUGCUGUGAAGACUACAUGUGCUCCUUUCUUCUUUGCAUGUGUGCUAAACAUUUGCAAAAAUUAGGAAAAUAUAGGUUUUCCAUCUUAAAAAAAAUAAAUGACUAGAAAAUGGCAGAAAUGUCUUUGAGGCUCAGGAAACUGUAAAUGUUUUAAAAUGAAUAUACUUCAUAUGAUGCGAUGGACUCUCCACAGAAGGAUCAUUAAAUUGCUUCUUCAUAAGUGUGAAUGGACAGGAAUAAGCCUAAUUGUGCUUGUGUGUGUCAGUACCAUAAUUCUUUACAGAUGCAUAUUUGUAUACCUGAGUUAUGUACUCACAAAAA